UGCAAUGGUUCCAUUUCCAAAUAAGGUAUGUGACUGACAGCGGUCUGUCCCCGCCCCUUUUUGUUUGCUGUAAGGAGGUCCUUCUCGGUGUACUUGCUUCGUGCAGCUGCUUCUUCGUGGAACCAUUGUAUUAACCACAGACGUUGAGGCCAGUCGGAACAAAACAGUUGGAACACAAAAUGGCUGCCUGGUUGCUGCGUUCAAGUCGACUUGGUGCACUCAAGUUCGACAGCUGGGGCACUCUGAGAUGUUACCCCCCUGCUUUGUUCUGCAGUGAAGCUAAAGAGCCAGUUAAACCAGUGAAAAAUACAAAGGAUCCAGACAAGACAGGUGAAGAUGAGAGGGCAGCUAUAUGGACUUUCAAGACUGUUGUGGCCUUUCCAGUUAAAUUAUCGGAUCCUGGAGUUUUGCCUCCCUUCCUUGGUGUAACUAAAGAGCCAGUCCUCUUCACUGCCACAUCAGAAAAAACUGCAGCAUCUGUUACUGCUUCCACUAAAUCUGCUGGAGAAAAAUCAUCGCCUGUCACUGCUUCAUCUGAUCUGUAUCAAAGCCAAAAAGAUUAUUCUCAGAUACUUGCUCAUGAUACUUUACCGGUAUUUGUACCAGCAGAAGAAGCUUCAGUUGAGGCACUUUGUAAAGGCUCAGUACCGGGAGACAUUCCUUCCCUUGCUGUGACCAUAGAAAAUGUUGUAAAACCAACUAUGGUUUCUUCUAAGCUUGGGAAUUCAGCAGCUGAAGAACUGUCUUCCUCAUCAUCCAGUGACUCUGAUACAGACUCGGACUCAGAGUGCAUUCCUGAAGAUGAGAAUUUAGAGGUAGAAACUGAAACCAGAAGCUUUUCUUUCGAAUUGCAACAACCACGUCAUCAAGAACAGAGAGAAAUUAAAGAGUUUAUAGUUAGUGGAGUGACUAAGGGCCGUCCUAAUGCAGAGGAAGCAACAGAUCAAUCUGUAGUACAGGCCUCCAGAGAUAAUUCGCAAGACUCAGUCUUUGAUAUCCUUACUGCUACAAAGAGCGCAGCUGAGCUUACCAGUUCAGAUUUUUCAACCCAUACUGCUCCGACUGAUACCCUGUGUGAAGCUCCAGUUUUACAUGCGGAACAACAUGAAGCUCCAGAAAAAGCCCAGUCAAAUUCUCUUUUAAAAGCACUAGAUGUGCUUACAGAAUUUGAAGAUGGCUUAGGAGAUGCUGGUAAAGAAUCACUGGAAAAAGCUUCUACUAUUGGGCCUGUAGAGUCGAAAACUGUCUCUGUUGAAGUAACGGCUGAUCAUCCAGCUGAAGUUGGCACCUCUGUUGAGCUGGAGGACUCUGCCCAGGUGCUAGUAGACGCUACUGGAGAGGAGCUGCCUGCCGAAACCACUGCUGAGGAGUCAGCAGCAGUACCUCCAGAGCCUGAGAAAUCUUUUGACAACAGCACUUACAAAAACUACCAGCACCACAGCUACACCAGCUACACAUUUGCAGACCUGGAUGUAGAGAUGGCCAAGUAUCGUCUCCCUCAGCCCUCAUCCGGCAAACUGUCACCCAGACACUAGGGAGUAGGUGGUGUGCACAGCAGUGGUGUGCACAGUGGUGGUGGCAAUGUUGUAAAAUCGGUUGUUAAAAUGUGAUAUGAUUAAAGAAGUGUAAGAAAUUAA